UAGUCGUCUAGACCAGUCGCACGAGACACUAGUCACAUACGCAAAGGCACACUGCAUUGGUACAAUCUGUCAACAAAGCCCAGACUAUAAACAAUCGCGCUGUUUUCCGCCAGGAUUAGUGUAAAACUAAAAAUUUUAUUUUGGGAUGGAAUCUUGAGAUAUUGCAAGAUAAAACUAUGGAAAAGCCAGGUGUACCAUGCCGUUGUUCUAAGAGUAAGAACAGGUGUGUUGCUUGCAAACCUGGGCAGGCCCUUGAUCUCGAUGCAGCCCUGCAAGAACUGGGUGCCCUCAACGGGGCAACUGACAAGCAAGAAAACACCCUGAGACAUAGACGGCAAAAUGAGCCCAAAAUUUGCUUUGAGCAAAGUCCUCCAAUUUGGAUUAAUAGCUCUACCUCAAUUAGUACUAAUAAUGUUGUGCCUGCAUUUCCACUACGGGUGGAUACAGAGUACAUCAAAGACCCACCUCAACAACCACCAAACUCUCCAGUAUCUCCUCAGUUACCAUAUGAGCAAUUUAGAAUGAGGGAAGAUCCUCUACCCCUGAGAUGCGAAUGGGAUAAUCGUGGCCGUAGGGUUAGUAUGAAAGGGCGACAGCGCAUGCUUUCGGGACCGGAUAGUAGCAGCAGUCACAACGACCGAUAUUCUGAACGAAUGAGAGACCGAAGUAGUUGGUCACGACCAUAUCGCAUCCCUCGACCCAAGUUGCUCAACAUGGGCCACUGUUCCAGAAUACGGACCAUCAGUGCUUUAUUGCAUGAAGAGUCUGACGUCAGAUUACCCACAAUUAGAGAUACUAGUCCGGUCGCCAACACGGCCGAGCCAAGAUUGAGAGAUAUGAGCGAUGCUCUUAGGUGCAUGGCCAUUGGGGAAGGUCUCACGAAGACUAUAGAUAAUUCUGAAUGUAGUAUGAAUUUUCCUCGUUCCCGUUCGGCGGAGAACCUGGAACGCCGAGUGAUGGAUGUGGCAGCCACCACUUUAGAUGUCGUCUCAGAGAAAAUUGAAAAGCUUCAUGUGAAUUGAAGUGCUCGCUUACUACCUAUUCGUCCAAUCAACCGCCCCAAAAUCUCUUUGUAUCUCCCUUUUUUUUCUAUCUAUUUUCUCUUGUUUUGGCAUUUGCUGCUCAAAAUUGUUUUUUUUAUUUUUAUUUAUUUAUUUUUUUUUUGCUAGGAAAAAAUACUGUUUACAAAAACUGCCAAAAAAAUUUACCAAUUAAAAUCUAACCAUCUUUCUCUCGUGAAACGUUACCUGAUUUUUUCUCGGACUAGAUGACUAAAGCCGAAAUUUUUUCGGUUUUGCCGGUUUGAUUGUGAAACAAGAUUACGUGGCGAAUGGCUAAAUACCAACCAUCACUUGCAUUCCAUUCAUCAUUAAAUUGGCUGAUGGAAGCUCAUUCUUGCUCUCACUUUUGAACGGCGCCUUGUUUCUCCGACGUCCUUUUUGAAAUCGCUUCACUGUUUUUGUCUUUGCAAGGAGAAAAAGAGAAUGGUGGGUUUGGGGGAGCUAUUUAAAGUGGCGAAAAGAUGAGACGAAUAAUAGCAAAAAGGCCGUCUUUCAAUCUCUAUCUCUCCCUUCCUUGUAAAAGUAUUGUGGGAAUGACGUAAUACAGUUUCGACAUGUUUCUACUUGCUAAAGGCCGUUUGCUCCUCAAAGUACCUACUUUAGCACACAGCUGGAGUUAAUUGGGUCUUUUCAUAACAACAGGUGAUUUAACGCUCAUGUUUUCUGUAUGUAUCACGAGUCAAUUCUCUCAUGUUCACCUGGAUUUUUCUUUCUCGUUUUGUGGGAGGUGAGAACGACCAGGCGAACGAUAGUGAACGAUGACGCCCGGGUCCUUGGUGGUUUUCUGCCCAUGUGUCCUUGGAAGAAAAUUCUUUUCUUUUCUGGCAACAUAAUUUUUCUCUAUUUUUUAUUUUAUUUUAUUUUUUCCAGUUCAGCUCUUUUCCAGCCCCGCAUUCACGUACCGACGCCGGCCGGGGCCACUGAGCUUAUUUCGUUUUCUUUGUGGGUUACGCUCCAAUGGCCGAGCGGAAAUUCAGCGUCGCAUUCGUGCCGAAUAUUUCCAAGGGUACCUGGAGUUGGAGAGCCUGUAUGUGUGCAACAUUGAUAAUUUUGCAAUUGACGGAAGAGAAUGUCGUGCGCGUUCUCGUUAACGGCGGACGUGACAGGUUUGCCCAUGGGGCUCCAGAAACCGUACUAUUUCAACCAAAAACCAAGGCGAAAGCGAAAAAGAAAAGAGAAGAAACAAAAAAUUGUCUAGUGAACAAGAAGUGCACCUGUCUGGUCAUCGGUUCCGGUUGGAUGUAUAGCCGCCUUAUACAACAUUCAGGCUGAUGAAAUCAAACGACAAAAAAUAUAUAUAUUGGCCAGUUGUUUUGUUUCCCGUAGUGGAUGAAUCAGUGAUGGAAGCGACGUGCGUAUACGAAUGAAUCGAGCAUCGACUCGAGGAAACAAUGGCAAAGAAGAAAAGGAAACCCGAAAGAGGCCAGCAGACAUUACCAAUGGGGGUGGGGUAAUUUUUUUUUUUUCGGACGUGUUGCCCGCUGGAGGAUGACGGAGGCUAUAAACUCGAUGGCGUCCGCUGGCUGGUAGCUCCAGUUGCGCUUUAGCAGCCACCUGUACCGGUACGACUCGUUCGAGCUCACGAAGGAGGAAGCCACUUCCUUAUCAACACCUUCCCCCCCGACUCUACGGUAUAGCCAAGACCAGUCCAUCUGGUCCAGCUUCUAUUCAUCUUUCCAAGAAAGUGAAGUGGUCGUGCGACGAAAGAGGUCCAGCGCAACUAGCCAUUGUCCUAACGGGCUGCCCUCUCGAAUCGUGCGCAUUCGCCGCCCAGCCGCUUAAAGCUCCGCUUCUUUGACUUUAUUCGCUCAACAACUCGACAACAAAAUGCGCGAGGUGAUUUCUAUUCAUGUUGGCCAAGCCGGAGUCCAGAUGGGCAACUCUUGCUGGGAAUUGUAUUGCCUGGAACAUGGAAUCCGACCCGAUGGCAUUCUCUCUGAAUCCCGUCCACCUCAAGCGAGCGGCGGAAGUAAUUCACCCAGCACGUUUGGAACGUUUUUCAGUGAGACGGCCAGCAAUAAACAAGUGCCGAGAGCGCUUUUCGUCGAUUUGGAACCGUCCGUCGUUGACACGGUUCGCACGGGCACCUACCGUCAGCUGUUCCAUCCGGAUCAAUUGAUAACGGGCAAGGAAGAUGCAGCCAAUAAUUACGCUCGAGGUCAUUACACGGUCGGUCGCGAGAUCGCCGAUGUUGUCUCGGAUCGCAUCCGCCGCCUGGUCGAAAAUUGCGUCGGCCUCCAGGGCUUUUUGGUCUUUCACUCGUUUGGAGGCGGAUCGGGAUCGGGAUUCACUUCGCUGCUGAUGGAACGCCUGUCGGUCGAUUACGGCAAAAAGAGUAAAUUGCAGUUUUGCGUUUAUCCCGCUCCUCAGGUAUCCACGGCCGUUGUUGAACCGUACAAUUCCAUCUUGACUACCCACACGACGCUGGAACAUUCGGAUUGCGCUUUUAUGGUGGAUAACGAAGCUAUUUACGACAUUUGCCGUCGUAAUUUGUCUAUUGAACGACCCACUUAUACCAAUUUGAACCGUUUGAUUGGUCAAAUUGUUUCCUCCAUUACGGCCUCGCUCCGUUUCGAAGGUGCUCUCAACGUCGAUUUAACCGAGUUCCAGACCAAUUUGGUGCCUUACCCGAGGAUUCAUUUUCCGUUGGUGACUUACGCCCCCAUGCUGUCGGCCGAAAAGGCCUAUCACGAACAAUUAAGCGUCGCUGAAAUCACGUCCGCUUGUUUCGAGCCCAACAACCAAAUGGUCAAGUGCGACCCUCGCAAAGGGAAAUACAUGGCCGUUUGUCUGCUGUACCGCGGUGACGUGGUGCCCAAAGACGUCAACGGCGCCAUCGCCUCGAUGAAAAGCAAACGGACAAUUCAAUUCGUCGAUUGGUGCCCCACCGGUUUCAAAGUGGGGAUCAAUUAUCAAGCGCCGACCAUCGUUCCGGGGGGCGAUUUGGCCGCUAUGCAACGGUCCGUCUGCAUGAUAUCCAACACCACUGCCAUUGUGGAGGCAUGGGGCCGGCUCAAUCACAAAUUCGAUUUACUUUACACCAAACGAGCCUUCGUUCACUGGUACGUGGGCGAAGGGAUGGAGGAGGGCGAGUUCUCGGAAGCCCGCGAAGAUUUGGCCGCUCUUGAAAAAGAUUACGAAGAAGUAGCCAUGGAGGACUUGUCCGACUCGGAUGGCGUCAUCGGCGAUGAAUAUUGACCGAGAUGAGAUGAAGAAAGAAGAAAAAAAUAAUAAUAAUAAUAAAAUAUUUUGUUGGCGUUUAAAAUAAUCUCUUUUUUUUGUCUUUUUAUCUAUCAAUGGCCUACAUUUUUCAUUUCUGACAGAUGUGUUUUUUUUUAAUUAUUUCUUUAAUCUUUGAAUUAAAUUUCCAUUGGCAGAUGUAAUGGCUUGUUCGUGUAUACCGAGUGUGUGUUUUUUCUUGGGUGGUCAUUAAACGAGAUUUUUUUGUCUAUUGUCACCGA